CAUUUUUGUAUUUUAAUAAAUGGAUACAAUUAAAUAUGAUGGAGGAAAAAUCAAAACUAAAAAUGAUCAAUCAGCAAAAUUAAGGGCAUCAUUUCUUCCCUUUAAACUCUUCUAAAUCAAAUGGUUUCACAUUUCGACCCAAGCAUCGUUCAUCAGACCUCUUCACCUCUGUAACUGCAACAAUGUACAAAGUAUGGCAUUUCUAAACUAGCAGUCCACAGGCCAACAACUCAGGAAAUUAUAGAAACUUAUGUUUUAUGCCAUCUGAGAUUGUAAGGGGUUUGGCGAACCGGAGCAACUUCCCGCAGCGUCUUCUUGUGUCCACCAGCUAUGACAGUGUCAGAACAUUCUUCACUAUCAGCAGCAUCCAGCUCGCUCUCUCUAGAACGCUUGCAUAAUUACAAGUCCUUUUCUCACUGGUAUGACUUGAAGUACCUGCGUUUUUUCCUCAUGAACCUGCUUGCUCUCACUAGGUUCAGGUUCUUCUGUGUUAUCACCAAGAAUCAUCUUUGCUUCUUCAACAGCAGCUUUCAUGGUGUGCAUCUAAUUCAAUUCAGAUUUACGUUUCCUACCAGGUCUUUGUCGAAAACUCCUAGGCUCUGAUUGCUGGGAAUCUUCAGGAACUUUGUGCUCCUUGCUGUUCAAGUAACUCUGAUCAUCAAGGGAUUGAUCAAACCCAUAGUCCACCUUUCUUACUGUGUCAGAUUAGAGUAGGUGAUUAUGGAUGGAGUCAACUAGAAUCCCUAAAAAUGGCUGUAGCACACCUACACAAGUACAAUGCUCUCCAGCUUCUUUACUAGUAAGCAGACCAGGUGCUUGGUCUUUGCAUUCAUUUCUCUUAGUCGGAGAUAUGCGAAAAAUCCUUGAUGUGAAUAUGCGGAGCCAGGACAUGCACCCUGCAGAUUCUGGAUGCUCCAUACCAACAAUUGGAGAUCCCUUGACAUCAGUAAUACCAGAAACACCAACAUUACCUUGAAAUUUCCGCAAGAGUUUAUCAGCUAACUGUAACAGAGAAGGAACCAGCCCAUCCAUUGAAUCAGGCAGAUGGAGAUUGGAGAGUACAAAUUCCCUCCUGACCUCCCCACAGUCCUUGCAAUUUUUGAGCUUCUCGACAAAUGCAAGCGAUUCCUUUCCUGAAUAAACUGUCCAUGACCUUUGAAGCUACUGAUGAUGACAUGAAGCUCAUCUACCUCCUUGCUCAUUUCAAGCUGCUGAUCAUUUAGCUUGUCCUUGUUUAUUGCAAUUUUUUGUUUUUCCCUAUCUAGUGCCAGCCUUUCUAACCUUAUUUCUUCCAUUUCCCUCUCAGCCACUUCAAUGGAGUGUAUGAUAUUGUUAACUUCUCCCUCUUUCUCCUUCUCAAGUGCACUCAUCCUUUCCUGCAGAUCUUUCUGCAUUUUAUCAAACCUGCUCCAUAAAUCUUUUUCCUGUUUCAUUUUCUGACGCUCAAAAUCUUGAAACAUCUUACUGUGCUCAUUUUGAGCUUUCUCAGAUAAAAGUUACUUCUCAUGCUUCACUGCAGCUUCAAGUGAUUCCUUCUGCACUCUGAUGGCUUCAAGCUCCUUAUCAAUAUAAUUCUGCAUAGCAG